CCCCCGCCUACAAGACUCCCUUCGACACAUUUUAUUUGCAUUUGCCAUUUUUCUCCGCCUCCAUCCAUCAGACGGACCCGACAAGCGCGCGGCGUGUCAUCAGCCAGCUGGUCUAGUACUAGUCUAGUACAGGUAGAGUAUAGCCCGCCCGAUCCGAAUAGCUUUUGCAAGCAAGGCGCUCCACUUUGCCCGUCACCACACGCACGCAUUCACCCACACGCAAACGCCGACUGCCUCUCUCUCUCACCCUCGAACGUCUUCACUACCUACCACACUACUCCAGUCGGCCAGUCGCAGAUGUCGUCCCAGGCCCCCAUUCGCAGAAAGCUCGUUAUCGUCGGAGACGGUGCCUGCGGGAAGACGUCGCUGCUCUGCUCGUUCGCGCUCGGCGAGUUCCCCAAGGAAUACCAACCGACGAUCUUCGAGAACUAUGUGGCCGAGGUUAGGCUUGAUGGGAAAGCGGUUCAGCUGGCGCUGUGGGAUACCGCUGGCCAGGAAGAAUAUGAGCGUUUACGGCCACUGUCGUACUCCAAGUCCCAUGUUAUACUUAUAGCGUUCGCCAUCGACACGCCUGACUCGCUCGAGAACGUCUCCACAAAAUGGAUCGACGAAGUCCGCACGAUCUGCGGGCCCACGAUCCCGAUCCUCCUCGUGGGAUGCAAAGCGGACCUGCGCCCCGCGCCCGGCUCGCCGACAUCGUCGGGCUUCGUGAGCCGCGCGCAGGCGGAGCGCGUUGCGCAGGAGAUUGGCGCGCGCGCGUACAAGGAGUGCUCGGCGCUGAAGAUUGAGGGCGUGGACGAUGUGUUUGAGGCUGCGACGCGGGCGAGCAUGUUGAUGCGCGAGGGGGCGCCGGCGCAGCAGGUGCAUCAUCAGCAUCAUAGGCGGAAGAGCAGUGCGCGCACGAAUGGGACGGGGGAUGUGGGUGGGGAGGAGGAGGGCGCGGGGAGGUGUUGUGUUGUUUGUUGAUUGUGGGGUUCGUUUGGCUGAGGCGGUGGUGGUGGUUGUGGGUUUUCUGCGGAAUGUGCUUGUGAGGCUCUCGCUAGUGGGCAGCGAACGGCGGACGGUGGCGGCGGCUUGACAGCAUGGCAUAAUGGCGGCGGACAUUGGUUUCUCUAAUACGGACUUGUAGUAGCGACUGCGGUUAGCAUUCAUCCCUCCACCCCAUCCACUGAAUCUUCUCUGAUUUGCGUGUGCGCGCGCGUUCAUCCUCUUUCUUCGUAUACGUAUUCUCAUAUCUCACACACAUCUCUUUCUCCCUUUUUGUUACGCUUGAUGUCGAGUGUUCGUUACAUUUUUACAUUAACCUGUUUAUCUCUCACUCUC